AUGGUGCCCAGUUGCCAGGUUGAAGUAUUGUAUUUCGCACAAAGUGCUGAAAUAACAGGAGUUCGUUCAGAGACCAUUUCUGUGCCACAAGAAAUAAAAGUACUGCAGCUGUGGAGAGAGAUAGAAACUCAACAUCCUGGAUUGGCUGAUGUUAGAAAUCAGGUGGUAUUUGCUGUUCGUCAAGAAUAUGUCGAGCUUGGAGACCAGCUCCUCUUGCUUCAACCAGGAGACGAAAUCGCCAUUAUCCCCCCCCCCCCCAUCAGUGGAGGAGAGUGCUUUUGUGCCAUCUAGGAAAGAUGUGGAUGGAGUUAAAGAGAAAUCUAAAGAUAUAAUAAAAUUCACUGAGGAGAAACUUUCAGUGGAUGAAGUCUCCCAGUUGGUGGUUUCCCCACUCUGUGGUGCAGUAUCCUUAUUUGUAGGAACUACAAGAAAUAACUUUGAAGGGAAAAAAGUCAUUAGCUUAGAAUAUGAAGCAUCUCUAUCCAUGGCAGAAAAUGAAGUCAGAAAGAUUUUCAGUGAAAUUAGGCGGAAAUGGCCGAUCAAACACAUAGCGGUAUUCCAUAGACUUGGCUUGGUCCCAGUGUCAGAAGCAAGCAUCAUCAUUGCUGUGUCCUCAGCCCACAGGGCUGCAUCUCUUGCAGCUGUGGAUUAUGCC